CGGCACGCGGAACGUUCCGGUGGUGACACUUAAAUCGCUCACGGUGAUGCGUCGCCGUUCGGCGUUCUGGAAUUUCACAUGCCGAUAUGGUUUCCAAGGCCGGUUACCUGAAGUCGCUUGCGGGAGACUCAGAGGGACCCCAGCUGUCGAUGCCGUCACCCCCGCGCUGACCCCAUUAGCCGGUGUUCCAGCUGCCGUGAGCGAUCCGUCAGCAUCUGCACUGCAUUCUCUCUCGCUGCACCGCAGGGCUGUCUGCUCGGCUGGAAUCUGUGGGUCUAUUUCGGGGACGCUGUGAUAUGUAAGAGGUUAAACUGGACUUUUACGCGGCAGAUAUGUAUCGAUCUGACUGCGUGUGAUGUUUCGCAGGCGGGAACCCAUCGGAAGAAAACUGAAACGAACAACCAGGACAUGGCUGUAGCCCAAAGCCUCAUCGAAACUUGUGUCUUCUUGAUAGGUCUCACUGGCUUAAUCUUUGCAGUCUGGAUGUCAUAUGGCCAGUGAAAUUGCUUUGAUAAUUCAUUGGUUCAUAUUGCUUGAGGGUCUGACUGAAUGCUUGGGGCCCCAGGCAGGGAUGGUACACCCUUCAUCACCCCCCCCCACCCUCCCCGGUAUGAAAAGGAAAACAAGAUAAGCUUGACCCCACAAUAAGGCCGAACGAGCAGCUCCAGGAACAGAAAAGCAGACAUUUUGCCACACCGGCCCAGCGAUCCGCACGCUCCCGCUCAGACUAGCGUCAGGAUGUUCCCCAUGGGCCGGGCGUCGCCCCGCUCCUUCUAUGGUUUCUCCCAGUUUGUGUUGAGCAGUGGACCCCUGGGACAGCCGCUGGCCCGCAGGCACCGACCCAGCUACAUGGAGGUGGAGGUUCUGGACCAACGCACAGAACGACCCAUCUACGUCAUCGACAAGGUACAUCCUUCAUCGACUGUUCUGGAUCUGAAAAACAGGUUCCACAAAGCACGUCCUGGAUGGUAUCCGUCACGCACUGGCCUCCGGGUUGAGCCCAACGGACCGUUCCUGCAGGACAGCUGCGUAGUGCGGACGCUGGCCUCAUCCUCCCUGGUGACGCUGUACUCCACAGAUCUGGGCCAGCAGGUGGGCUGGACCACGGUCUUUCUCACACAGUAUUUCGGACCUCUCCUCAUUUACCUGAUGUUUUAUCUCCACAUAUGGAAUCCGUAUGACAGCAGCAUCAAGAAGCGACGGCCUCUGGUUGUACACUUGGCCUGUUUCUGUCACUCACUCCACUACGUUAAGCAUCUUCUGGAGACUCUGUUCGUCCAUCGGCUGUCUGAUGGCUAUACCCCUCUGCGGAACCUCCUGAAGGGCUGUGCGUUUUACUGGGGAUUUACAUCCUGGCUGGGGUACUACGUCAACCACCCUCUGUACACACCUCCAUAUUUUGCCAACAAGCAAAUCAUUCCAUCAUUUUUCUCAUUCUUGCUUUGCGAAGCUGGUAAUUUCUUUAUCAACGUGGCUUUGGCACAACACAGUCACACUGCAAACUCCCCUCCAUACCCAAGGGCCACCUGCAACCCCUUCACCUGGCUCUUCACGGUGGUGCACUGUCCCCAGUACACCUAUGAGAUUGGAGCAUGGAUAAGUUUGGCCAUUAUGACUCAAACAGUGCCUGUGGCCGUCUUUGCUACACUGGUAUCGAUCCAGAAGCUGCUUAGGGCAAGGAGGAGACAUCACAGACGCCCGAAGCAGAGCAGUGGCGGCGGACAAUGCCAGGCUGCUGUGAUCCCCUUCUUGCUGUAGCUCUUGAGGACUCAAAGGUGAAACGGGAGGUGACAUGUAGGUGUGCUAGAUGCAGAGGUCUGAGCGUAUAGCAUCACACUGAUAUUCUCUCAUCCUGACAACUUCAGCAAGGUGUUUGGGAAGCACACUAGUGUAGUGGGGAUUUUCACAGAUCCGUCCCAAGUGCCAGUCUCUGCCCCAUUACUCUGCUGGAAUAGCAACUGAUAUUUUUGACUAAGUGAAGCAGACAAAUUGAAAUUUUUGUUGUUGUUGCUCUUGCUGUUGAAAGACUAGAUCAGUGUUACUCAACAUAGUCCUCUGGGACCCCCGGUAGGCCACAUUUUUGCUCCCUCCCAGCUCCCAGCCAAUCAAAAACACUGAAUGCCUGGUUCCGGUGUCUUAGAAAUUGAGUGGGAGCAAAAAUGUGGACUGGCUGGGGGUCCCUGAGGUCUGGGUUGAGAAAUACUGAGCUAUAUCAAUUCUUUAUGAAUAUUUUGAUGAUACAAUUUCAGGACUAUGUUCCUGACACUUCCUGACCCUGAUUGUGAUAAGUGGUUAGAAGAUGGAUGGAUAGAAGGAUGGUUGGGUUUCAGAGAAAACAUUUCAAUGAAUAAUAUUGACUACAUGGCAGUAACAUGAAAAACUGUAUGUCACUGUUAACAAUGGUCCAGUCAGCCCCACACGUUCAAGCAGACUAUUUUGUACUGUUAUGUUCAUCUGAGUCAUUCAUGCAUGUAUAGUAGAUUGAAUUCAAAUAUAACGUCAAAACGGGUAAAUAGAUUUUACAAAUUGUAUCUGUUUUUUUAACCUUGGAAAGUUGGAGAAAGGAAAAAAAAUAAACUUUUAUGCUGUGUUUACGAAA